UGGGAGCGGAAGCGGAAGUGAGCGCGGCUGAGGGGAAGGUGGGCUGAGGGAGGAGCAGUGGCAUCUCCUUCGUGUGUGUGCAUCUUAGGUUCGGCAGGCCUGGUCAGCGGACCUGCCGGUGCGCACGAGCUGAGGCCGAGCAGCCGCCCGUACUGACCGCGGUGCUCCUCGGAGACGCGCCAAUUCCGGGGUCAGAUUCCUUUCCAGAGUCCAGUUAUGGGUGUGAGAGGGUUGCAGGGGUUUGUGAGAAGUACCUGCCCACAUGUAUGUACAGUAGUCAACCUCAAAGAGAUGGCAGAGCACCACCUCAGCGGGCACCCAGACUGUACCCCAACCAUUGUGGUAGAUGCCAUGUGCUGUCUCCGUUACUGGUACACUCCAGAAUCUUGGAUCUGUGGUGGCCAAUGGAGAGAAUACUUUGCUGCUUUGCGAGAUUUUAUUAAAACCUUUGAAUCUGUUGGCAUCAAGUUGAUAUUCUUCUUUGAUGGCAUGGUGGAGCAGAAUAAGAGAGAUGAGUGGAUCAAACGAAGGCUUAAGAACAACAAGGAGAUAUCCAAGAUUUUCCAUUACAUAAAGUCACGCAGGGAGCAGCCAGGCAGAAACAUGUUCUUUAUCCCCUCUGGGCUGGCCAUAUUUACACGGUUUGCUCUGAAGGCACUGGGUCAGGAAACCUUGUGUUCAUUACAGGAGGCAGACUACGAGGUGGCUUCCUAUGGUCUCCAGCAUAACUGUCUAGGAAUUCUUGGAGAAGACACUGAUUACUUAAUUUAUGAUACUUGUCCCUACUUUUCUAUUAGUGAGCUCUGUCUGGAGAGUCUCAACACAGUCAUGCUAUGUCGAGAGAAGCUUUGUGAGAGUCUGGGCCUCCAAGUGGCUGACCUGCCUCUGUUGGCCUGUCUGCUUGGCAAUGAUAUCAUCCCAGAGAGCAUGUUUGAAAGCUUUCGGUACAAAUGCUUAUCUUCCUAUACAUCUUCAAAAGAGAACUUUGACAAAAAAGGUAAUAUUAUCUUAGCUGUGUCAGACUACAUAUCCAAAGUUCUUCAUUUGCAUCAAGGUGAGAAAAAAUUAGAAGAGAUGUUACCUUUGGGACCAAACAGAGCUCUUUUUUAUAAAGGAGUGGCAUCGUAUCUCUUGCCAGGACAGAAAUCUCCGUGGUUCUUCCAAAAACCCAAAGGUGUAACAGUGUUGGACAAGCAAGAAAUACCCAUGAGUUCAGACCCUGAAUCCAAGCAAGGGGUUCCCAUUUGUACAAAACCUGAAUCCAACCAAGAAGUUCUCAUCUAUGCAGAUCCUGAAUCCAAGGAGAAAGUUCCCGUAUGUGCAAAUCCUGAGUCAAAAGAGGAAGUUCCCAUAUGUACAGAUCCUGAAUUUAAGCAAGAAGUUCCCAUGUGUGCAGAUUCUGAAUCCAAGAAAGAAGUUCCCAUGUGUAUAGAUCCUGAAUCCAAGCAAGAAGUUUCCAUGCGCAUAGAUGCUGAAUCUAAGCAAGAAGUUCCCAUGUAUAUAGAUCCUGAACCCAAGGAAGGGGUUCCCAUGUGUAUACACCCUGAAAUAAACCAGAAAUUACCUGUAGGGACAGAUCCUGAAUUUAAUACAGAAGCACCCAAGUGUGUAUACCCUGAAGUUAUACAAGAAGAUCCCAUGAAUAUGGGGUCUGAAAUAAAAGAACAAGUAACCAUGGUUUCAGAUCCUGAAAUCUUAAAGAUUGCUAAGAACCAUCAUGUCCAUGCAGAAAGCUACCUGGUAUACAGCAUCAUGAGCAGUGGCGAGAUCGAGUGCAGCAACACCUUGGAAGAUGAGCUAGACCAAGCUCUGCCCAGCCAGGCCUUCAUCUACCGUCCUGUCCGCCAGCGUGUCUACUCAGUCUUACUGAGGGGCUGCCAAGAUGGUACCAGUGCCACCUACCCAGUGGUCAAGGAGUGGUUCGUGUACCCUGGAAACCCGCUGAGGCACCCGGACCUCGUCAGACCUCUGCAGAUGACCAUCCCAGGAGGAACACCUAGUUUGAAAAUCCUGUGGCUGAAUGAGGAGCCGGCGGUGCAGGCACAGCGCCUGGAAAUACUUCUCUCCUGUUUCAAUCUCUCCUCUUCGAGGGAAGAGCUGCAGGCUGUUGACAGCCCACUGAGAGCUCUGUGCUGCCUGCUGAUCUACCUCUUCAUCCAGGUGGACACUCUUUGCCUGGAGGAUUUGCAUGCGUUUAUUGCUCAGGCCUUGUGCCUCCAAGGAAAAUCAACUGCACAGCUCAUAAACUUACAGCUUGAAUACAUCAACCCCCGAGCUGUGCAGCUUGGGUCGCUCCUCGUCCGAGGCCUCACCACUCUGGCUCUGGUCAACAGUGCAUGCGGCUUCCCCUGGGAGACGAAUGAAUUCAUGCCCUGGAAUGUGUUUGACGGGAAGCUUUUUCAUCAGAAGUACCUGCAGUCUGAAAAGGGAUACGCGGUAGAGGUUCUUUUGGAACAAAACAGAUCUUGGCUCACCAAAUUUCACAAUCUGAAGGCAGUGGUGUGCAAGGCCUGCAUGAAGGAGAACCGUCGCAUCGUGGGCCGGACGCACUGGAACUCACACCACACAGGGAGGUGGGGAAGACAGAGUUCUGGCUCCCACAGGACGAGCUCUGCAUACAGCCGUUCUGGGCAAGGACAGCUGUGGAGAGACCAGGGUCCAGGAAGCAGACAGUAUGAGCAUGACCAGUGGAAAAGGUACUAGGCGACUUCGAGUCGGUUCCUCACCUGCAUCUUCUGAAGAGGCAGUAGACUACGUUUAUACAAUAAGUCUUUCAUCGAGUGCAAAGUUCUAACAGGGUUCAGGCUGCAUCCUCCUUACCAGAAUCAGCCUGGUGGAAGAACAGUUUGCUUUCUCCAGAAGAAGUGGGGAGAAGAGUACAGAGUGGCUGGACGUAGCCCAGCCGCACCGCCUUCAGAGCAGAGUCCACAGUGAUGCUGCCCCACCGCAUCUGCAAGGGGCAGGCGGCGGGCAGCCAGACCUCAGUGGAAAGAAGCAAAGUGCUCUACGCAGUGGCUUUGCUCUUGUGAAGCUUGUUUUCACACGUCGAGCCUGAGUCCAUGGCCCAAACAGUCUUUAACAUUGUGUAUGUCAUCUCAUUCUUUGCAUCCAUUGUAUGAGACAGUGUUGAUUUUUUUAAAAAUCUUUGGCUGUAUCCUAUUGUUUUAAACGCAACACUAGAUUGUGAAAAGAUUAAAAAGUCUUUGAAAACGUAUCUGACAGCCAUUUAGUAUUUCAUAAAUUUUGUCAUUAAAAAUUCUACUCAAAUAC